GAUGGCAAAAAGUUAUCGUACGAUGAAAUGGAGAAGAUGUUAAAUGAAAUGCAAAUAGAGUUGGCCAGGCAUGAAGAGAAAGAGAAGAGUUUGAAUGAAUAUAUUGAAACGUUGCUGACGCGAAUCAUGGAUCAAAAUCCGAAUUUGUUGGAGGCUGUGACACUGGCUACAAGGAAGCAAUCGCAACGUAAACGAACAACAAUGCCUUAG